AUGCCGGUCCCGCAUCUCCGCCGUGCGUCUUUGACCAGCAAGUCCUCUGUGGAGGAUUCUCCCGUCAGCGGAGAUGAUGAGAUCGUCGAGCCCGAUCAGGGAAAUGUCCUUUCCCACAUCAUUUCGCAGCUCCGACCGGGCGCGGAUUUGAGUCGCGUCGUCUUGCCCACCUUCAUUCUUGAGCCCCGAUCCAUGCUCGAACGGAUCACCAAUUUCAUGGCACAUCCCGAAACCCUUCUCCCUAUGCCGACGAUUGACGAUCCAGUGGAACGCUUUGUUUCGGUCGUCAAGUUCUAUUUGAGUGGAUGGCAUAUCAAGCCGCCAGGUGUGAAGAAACCGUUGAACCCCAUCCUUGGCGAGACUUUUACCAGCUAUUGGGACUAUCCGGAUGGGACCCGUGGCUAUUAUAUCUCGGAGCAGACCUCCCACCACCCACCCAAGUCGAGCUACUUCUUCAUGGCUCCGGAGCACCACAUCCGUAUCGAUGGAACACUUAAGCCUCGCAGCAAGUUCUUGGGUAACUCUGCCGCCAGUAUGAUGGAGGGUAUUGCGAUUCUUCGACUGCUGAACCGUGGCCAGGAUCAAGAGAAGGGCGAGAGAUAUAUCGUGACCCAACCGAACAUGUACGCCCGGGGUAUUCUGUUUGGAAAGAUGAAGUAUGAGCUGGGAGAUCACAGCUAUGUUCGGUGCCCGGAGAACAACCUUGUGGCCGAUAUCGAAUUCAAGACCAAGGGCUAUUUCUCCGGUACAUACAAUGCCAUCGGAGGCACAAUUAAGAACGAGAAGACCGGUGAGAUCUUAUACGAAUUGUCUGGCUUAUGGAACGGCGAGAUGCACAUCAAGGACGUUCACUCAAACCAUAAAGAAUUGCUGUUUGAUGCUACUCACGCCAAACACUCGAAGCCUACUGCGCGUCCCAUUGAGGAACAAGAAGAGCGGGAGUCGCAACGGUUAUGGCAACCUACCGUGAAGGCAAUUCUCGCCCGGAAUCAUGAGGCCGCCACCGAUGAAAAGACCAAGAUUGAAGACCGCCAACGAGAAGAGGCUGCCAAGCGCGCUGAUGAGGGUGUUGAAUGGCGUCCUCGGCUAUUCCGGCCCGUCCAAGGCGGUCCCAAUGGUCCGGAUGAGGGGGAGGAGGAUCUCGAUUGGAUCAUCAAUGCUCAAGUCGACCCGCACAACCCGGAGACCGCUACGAAGCAAAUCCUAGCCAUUGCGCCCGUCGUCCAAGGUCAGAAAGAGUCACCUCAAUUUCAGAUUCCGCCGCACAGUUCACAGCGAACCAACUCCGCGAACCAGGCGCCUCCCACUCAGGACACGACAGCUAAUCAUCCAGGCGCAGGCUCAUCCACAGAAAACAAUGCAGGCGGAGCCGCCGAUGCGGUCGUGGAGCGGAAAGACACCGAAACUUCGGCCAUAGAGCAAUUUGUGGACGCUGAGGAGGCACAAUAA